CUUCAACGGCUUCAACGUAAUUCAGUACUACACUUUAUUGUUUUUGUGUCGUAUAAGAAUUUGUUCCGAUUAACAAGAAAUUAUGGCUCUACCCGGACCUUUACCCAAGUUAUUUAGUCAUGUAGAUCAGCACAAAGAUGAAUAUAUAGAAAACUUGAGGCAAGCAGUAGCCAUACAGUCAGUAUCGGCAUUGCCAGAAAAAAGAAAUGAAAUAACAAAAAUGCUCGAAUGGGCCCUCCAGCGCUUACAUAAACUAGGAGCAACUGCUGAAUUGCGUGACAUUGGUAGUCAAACCCUUCCUGAUGGUUCAACCAUACAAUUACCACCUGUUUUACUAGGAACAUUGGGAAAUGACCCAAGCAAAAAAACGGUAGCUGUCUAUGGACAUUUGGACGUCCAACCUGCUCAGAUUGAAGAUGGUUGGGAUUCGGAACCUUUUGUAUUAACUGAAAGGGAUGGCAAAUUGUUUGGUAGAGGAUCUACUGAUGACAAGGGUCCUGUGUUGUGUUGGUUCCAUGCUAUUGAAGGAUAUAAGGCUAUUGGGGAAGAAGUGCCGGUAAACAUUAAAUUUAUAUUCGAGGGAAUGGAAGAAAGUGGCAGUGAAGGCUUGGAACCUCUUUUGAUAUCUGAGAAAGAUAAAUUUUUGGCUGACGUAGAUUAUGUAUGCAUUUCCGACAACUAUUGGCUAGGAACAAACAAACCUUGCAUUACUUACGGACUCAGAGGAGUUUGCUAUUUUUUCAUUGAAGUAGAAUGUGCUGAUAAAGAUUUACACAGUGGGGUAUUUGGAGGCACCGUUCACGAAGCAAUGACAGACCUAGUGUUCCUUUUGAAUAAACUCGUCGACAAAGACGGAAAAAUUUUAGUGGACGGUCUUUACAACGAAGUAGCGCCAUUAAACCCGACUGAAACCGCCUUAUAUGAAACCAUCGAUUUCGACGUCAAUGCUUACCGCAAGGACAUCGGUUGCAACAAACUGAUGCACAACGAGAAGAAAGAGAAGAUUCUAAUGCACCGUUGGAGAUUCCCCAGCCUUUCCCUGCACGGUAUAGAGGGAGCUUUCAGUGCGCCCGGUCAAAAGACCGUGAUACCGAGAAAAGUCAUUGGAAAAUUUUCGAUUAGGAUUGUACCGAAUCAGGAACCAAAGCAAAUAGAGAAAUACGUCGUUGAUUACAUUCAAAAUAUUUGGAAUACCAGGGGCAGUCCCAAUAAAAUGAAGGUAUUCAUGGCGGAUGGUGGCCAUCCCUGGACAGAGGAUCCCACCCAUCCCCACUACAGUGCGGCUAGUAAAGCCACCAAACACGUUUACGAAGUCGAACCAGACUUGUGCCGUGAAGGCGGUUCCAUUCCAAUUACGUUGACAUUCCAACAGGUUACCGGAAAGAAUAUCAUUUUACUUCCUGUGGGAGCUGGCGAUGAUGGUGCUCAUUCCCAAAACGAAAAGCUCGAUGUCAGAAAUUAUAUCAAUGGGGCAAAGCUGCUGGGUGCCUAUUUAUAUGAAGUAUCUCAACUUUGAUUUAAAAUAAAUAUUUUGUGAUAUAUAUAUUUUAUCAAUGAACUCAAUAUUUUUAUU